AUGGCUGGCCCUGCUAUUGCUAGGUAUGUACAGUACUUUGUUCUGCAUUGUUCUGCUGCGAUGUUUUGCAUCUGCGUCAUGCGCACUCCCAUACUCCUGUACACGUAGGGGAAGCGCACGCUGACGUUUGGCAGUUUCCUAACGGCCCCGACAAUCCGACUCAUUCUCCCCACCAGCGACUCCGGGGAGGAGGACCUCACGUACUCUGUUCACCGCCCGCUCCUGGCGAAAUACACCUCUCUCCUGCAAUCGCGUAAGCCCCGUGACUCGUACGUCCUUCUCGAUCCAUCCAGUGUGAGCGUUCCCACGCUCGAUCAUGCGCUAGAAUUCUUGUACACGGGGGAUUACGUGCUUCCCGCUGAGCCGGAGGAGGGGGAAGAAGCGGAUGACCAACCGUUGCUGCAUUCCACUCGGCCAGCGGCGCAUCUCCCCCGCUCCCCGCUCAUGUACGCCGCCAUGGCGGGCGCGAUCGGCGUGUGGGGUAAGCCUGCGCCAGUGUUUGAGAAAGCGGACAACACGUCAACCUACACGUCGGAAUAUUUUCCAGAGCAGAAGAACGAGGAGAAGAAGGCGGAUGGUAAUACCGGUAACCAUGGCAGCAAGAGUGGUAGUAACAGACUCAUGCUGCCAAACGGGUUGUUGCCUUCACCGCCACCGACGCCUUCGGCGACCACCUUCCCAGCUUACGCGCCGGUGCUCUCGCCAAAGACAUCCCGCUCAUCGAGCUACUCAUCCCUGCCCCCUCCGAAAACCCCCGUCGAGCACCAGAAACCCCACCACCUCCGCCUCCUCCACGUUAACCUCUCGGUCUACCGCUUCGCCAACCUCCCAGCCGUGCAAAUCCCCGCCCUGUCAUCCCUCGCGCUGCACAAGCUCCGCACGCAAUUCGCCCAGACGCCGCUCGAGAAGCUCCCAUCCCUCGUCAUCGAGUUUGCCCGCGAAGUGUUCAUCGCGCGUAGCAACGAAACGGAAUUGAGAGAGGUCCUGGUGCAGCUGGUGGCCGGGCGGGCGCGCGAGCUCAGCUCCAGGGAGGAAUUUAGCGAGUUUGUCAAAGGGGGCGGUGAGUUUGUCGUACUGCUCUUCGCCAGGUUGGCGUUGUGCGAGUGUUGAUUGUUGAUUCGGAACCUGGCGGGGGCGCUGCGGGUGAGUAGGCGUUGGGAGUCUGGUCGGCGUUUGGAGAAUGAGGGAGGGCAUCUUUGACGAGGUGGAUGAGAAGAUUUUGAGGAGGAUAUGGGGGUGUUAG